GUUACGGACUACGGCCCCAACGAACGAGUUCUGCAAGAACUGCCGCCUGCACCGGCCGCAGCCGCUGUUCCCUGGGACGAUGACGAUAUACCGUGGCCCUUCCCUCGAUUGCCAGCAAGUUGUCGACCGGCCUGCGUAUUGUCUAUUGCCGAGCACUGGUCCAAGGAGGAUAUCGGGCGACAGCAGGAUGACGACCCCAUUAUUGCGGAGGUGAGGGAGCGACGUCGAAGCCCCCAACCACUGUCAAGGAUGGAGUUCAAAAUACCCCCACUUCGACCAUACAAGAAGUUAUGGAAUGUGUUGGAUGUUACAGAUGGUAUCUUGGUACGGUUGGCUCACUUCCUGCCCGAGGACGAGGCGAGAUGGGUCCCGGUGAUAGCGUCUUCCAGCCGGCAGACACUCAUGCAGCACUUCCACGAACAUGAUGGCCAUUUUGGACGAGACCGAAACCUGGAGAAGUUACGGCGACUGUGUUGCUGGCCUACUUUGGCUGAAGAUGUUGCCGAGCAUGUAGCAGCCUGCCGGGAAUGUCAGAUCGCUAAGGGGCAUCGGCCACCUAUCGGUCCUGCGAUGCCUUUACCGGUUGGUACUCCCUGGAGAACCGUGGCUGUUGACUUCCUCACGGUGGCCCCCGCGUCUGAUGGUAUCUCCAAGCUACUGGUGGUGGUAGACCACUUCACGAAAUGGGCUGAUGCAUAUCCUGUGAGAGGAGAGUCAGCCGAAGAGGCAGCCAGAUGUUUGUUGCAUUUGUUUUCUAUCUUCGGCCCUCCUCAACGGUUGCUCUCGGACCAAGGUCCAGCUUUUGAGA